AUGAGCCAGGCCACGGGUGAUGGAGAUACUCGUGCUCGCGCUCCACUAUGCCAUCCCGCUCCCCCGUCAAACGCAGCAUUCUAUCCGCCACCGACGACAAACAGUCACGAGCAGUGGCUUAUUAUCGAAUCUCUGGGUAUCGACGCCGAUCUGGAGCUCAAACGUGUAGGGAACAAACAAGGCGAGUUCAGCAUCGGCGAAACACCAGAAGGAGAACAUUGGCAUGUGCUUGGAGAUCCAUGGAACGAUCAGGAUGAAGUCCACGACUGUCCGCCUGGCCUACGAUCCCGGUAUCUUCCCGAACGCGAUGAGACCAUCACGGCGUGGUGCGCUUCUGCACCGCUCGAAACUCGAACACUCGGGUACUUUGUGGUGCAUCGUAUUCCCGGCGGAUGGCGCCGUGAGGAUGAGGUUUCGAGCCCGGAUAUCUGUCGAGUCGCAUACAUGAAUCCAGGUUGGCGCGAUAAGCCACGUACCGAAGCUGUACACUCCUUGACCCAACUCGGACUCACGCAUCAGGACGCUCGCGCGAUCUUUUCCCUGCACAAGCAACGCAAGACACUGACAUGGUGGGUAGAGCUCGAUCACAUCCGUCCGCUGCUGGAGGCCGUCUGUCGGUCUCCCUCGUCCUUCCGCUGCCUGGAUCUUUUCCGGCAAUUGUGCGCACCCAGAAUCAAGGACCUGGGGCUCAUGUUCGGCGAUCGGCACUUCCGUCUUCACUGGGAUUCGAGGCUUUAUGGCUUGGACAGGUCCACCAAAGACAACCAACAUAUUAUUCGCAUUCACAGCUUAGACGGCAGAACUUUCAAUGCGGUUGAUCUCGGAUGCCUGGUUGAGGGUGCGAAGGAGGUUGACAACAAGGUUGAUGACAAUGACGAUGACGAUGAUGCCGAUUUCGAUGAUGAAGCUGAAGAUGAGGGUGGAAAAAAGUCACGAGUGCUGUUGGAACUUUCACUCGGACCGCUCAAGUUCUACAGAUGUACAAUCACCAAUCUCGAGCGUUCGGACGGCUCGACUACAUUCGUCGAGGGCAGGCUCGCGGAGCUCGGUGACGUCUUGGCUCUACGGACCAUCGUGCCGAAAGAUAUUGGCGAGGUCUGUAUCACCAGCAUCCGUUGCCAUCGAUUUUUCACCCCAUCGACCACCGUCCGAGAUCCAGUACCAGACGAAUCACCUCCCGAACUCCAGGAGAGCUGUCCGCCCUGGGGAGCGCCAGAUCUGCUCAAGCCAUCAUUUUUCGAACAAUCCCUCCGAACGCAACAGCCUGCUUCGAAUGUGCGCAUGGCGAACAUAGCAUCCCAAUCGAUCACGCAACGUGCGGCGCCUGUACCACCAGCCAAUCCAACGGCGCUGACGGCUCAGCGCCCUCGCCUGAUCUCUCUUCACCAUAUGGCUGGGCGUGGCGAAAACAUGGGGUUUCACACGGCGUCUUUCCGUGCAUCGACCACGAAAUAUCCGGCGUGGGUACCACCAGCCACCCCAACGGCAUCGACGGCUCGGCACCCUCGCCUCAUAUCUCUUCACCACAGCGCCGGCCGAGAAGUUCGUGCAUCAACUAUGCACCAUCUGGCGUUUUUACCAUUAAGCAGCAACCCGACGGCUUGUCACCCUUCUCACCGCCUCGUCUACGAUCGCUACAGCCGCAACACACCUCCGCCGUAUCCAAAGAUACCUUGGUGCUUACACCAACACCUUGCCUACCUUCGCAACAGCUAUAACACGCCUGCUUUGGCUAGUCGCUUAUGGGCUCGAAUACUUGUCAAGCUGGUGAAGUGA